AUGGCUGCUAGCCACGUGGCUCUCUCUAUCCCAUUAUGGGACAACAGGGGUCAUGGACCUAGUCUUGCUAAGCUGAAGGAGAGAACUGGCACCUGGUACCAAGACUUUCCAGAAAGCAAGGAGUGCAUAAGACACAGAAACUCAGAGGAGAACAACAAGAAUGAGUGUUUUUCAGGCAACCAUUGCAUAUGUUAUAAUUAUGAGAAAGUCUUGGAUCAAAGCUCAGAGCACAUUGUCCAUCAGCAUGUAUAUACCAAAGAGAAUCCUUAUAAAUACAAUGAGCCUGACAAAGGAAUUCAUAAAUUCUCCAAGUAUAAUCAUAAUGCUAGGGAUAGAACAAAAGUCUGCAACAAGUACAUAUUUGGUAACCACCGAGACUCUUCUGUGGAAUCAUUACACUUAUACAGCCAUAAAUGUGGAAACCCUGAAGAAGCUUGCAAAAUUAAUGACUGUGUAAACUGUUUAAAUUUGUGUUUCAUCAUUAGUCAGAAUCAAAGAGUACACACGGGACAGAAAGAACACAGAAAUACAGAGAAUGAUCAAUCUUUUGACCCUAAGCAUGAACUCAUGCUAGAAAGAACGAAUAGUGUGAAGAAACCCCACCAAAGCCAUAAAUGUGGAAAAUGCUUCAAGACAGACUCAAGCCUUAGUAGAUAUCAGAGAGGUCAUAAUAAACAGAAAUUCUGUAAAUGUACACAAUGUAGUAAAUCCUUUCUACAUUUGUCACAAAUCAAAGUACACUGCAAGGUCCAUUGUGGAGAAAAAACCUACAGUACAGAGUGUCCUAAGUGCUUCUCUCAUACAUCAGAAUUUAAAAAAAGACAUUGCAGAUUGCAUUCUGGAGAGAAUACCUACGAAUAUAGUGAAUGUGACAAAUCCUCUAUCAGUACCUCAGAACAUAGAAUGCACCCGAAAGUUCUUACUGGAGAGAAACCUUACCAAUGUAGUGAAUGUGACAAAUCCUUUACCAAGAAAGACCAUCUUAGAACUCAUCAGAGAAUUCAUAAACAAAAGGAUCCAUAUAAAUGUAAUGAAUGUCACAAAUACUUUACCCAGAAAAGCAGUCUUAGAACACAUCAGAGAAUUCAUAUAGGAAAGAAGCCUUAUAAAUGUAGUGAAUGUGACAAAUCCUUUACCCAGAGAGGCCAUCUUACUAAUCAUCAGAGAGUCCAUACAGGAGAGAAACCUUACAAAUGUAAUGAAUGUGACAAAUCCUUUACCAAGAAAGACCAUCUUAGAAUUCAUUACAGAAUUCAUACUGGAGAGAAACCAUAUAAAUGUAAUGAAUGUGAGAAGUCCUUUACUCAGAAGAGCAGUCUUAGAACUCAUCAGAGACUUCAUAUGGGAGAGAAACCUUACAAAUGUAGUGAAUGUGAUACAUGCUUUACCCAGAUAGGCCACCUUAGAAUUCAUCAGAGAAUUCAUACAGGAGUGAAACCUUACAAAUGUAAUGAAUGUGACAAAUCCUUUACCACGAAAGACCACCUUAGAAUUCAUCAAAGACUUCAUACAGGAGAGAAACCUUAUAAAUGUAGUGAAUGUUACAAAUCAUUUAUCAGUUGCUCAAAUCUUAGAAAACAUCAGCGAAUUCAUAUAGAAGAGAAACCUUACAAAUAUAGUCAAUGCAAAAACUCAUUUCCCACAGAAAUCACCCAGAGAACACAUCAAAGAAUUUAUACAGGAGAGGAACGUGAUAAUGUAAUAUAUGAGGAAAACCCUUUUUUGUCUCUCAAGUCUACAGAAACAUCUGAAAAUUCACACAGGGGAGAAAAGUUUCCAUAGCAAAUAUUGUGGCAUAAUCUUUAUACUCUGACUCAGCAAAACCUGAAGGAUGUACUGGUAUAUGGCAAUUUCUUGGAGUCUGUAUUGAUCCAUAUUGGAUGAGAGCUGAAUAAGACAGGAAAUGUACACCUCAAAAUAACUUCAAGAAAUUCCUGAAGCUGACAGGAUUCAGUAUGUUUAACUCAAAUGGAAAAGCUCAGAUCAUACUGCUCAAAUUUGAUAAAAUGAUUCACCAAGAUAGUAUGCUCUUUAACGUGUACAGGUGUACAGUGUGCUCCAGGUGUCCUGAAUUUAUAUGCUGUAUCCCAUGCUGAUUUGGAGCUUCAUGAUUACAACUGUCUUUGAGUCCCCUGUGCUUCAGUAAACAUCACUUUCUCAUAUUCCUCUAACCCCAAAAUAAAGCUGA